CGGAUCUCUACAUCUCCUCCAUUAAUAGCCUUCGACCCCCUUCCGCCUUACGUGUCGUACACGCCGUCGUCUUCGCCGUCUACAUUUCAGCGCGGCGGAGCUCGACAUGUUGACUCCUCCAUACCACUUCUCCAUCGUUGCGGCACCCAUCACCCCCGAUGACGACUGCGCCCAGAUACUCUAUCGCGGCAGUAUCCCCGCUGCACGCAACGCCCCCUUUCUACGCCGCCUCAGCAUCCGCACCCUGGUGUACCUCCGGAAGAAGGCGUACAAGGACAAUGAUCCGCUAGUAAUGUGGGCUGCGAAGCAAGGCAUCGACUUGCGAUGGGUCAAGGCCGAGAAGAUGGAGGAGGAGGCCCUCGGCAUGGAGCGCGAGGAGGUCACGGAGGUGCUCAAGAUUUUGCUCAACCCUACAGCGUACCCCAUUUAUCUCGCCGAUGUGGACGGCAUCUCACACACCACAUUGGUAGUGGCGUGCCUGCGCAAGUUGCAAGGCUGGCACUCGGACUGCAUCGCCAACGAGAUCUACCGCUUCGAACCAGAUCACGACGACUUGCCGCUUGUGCCAUUCAUCACGUCGUAUCUCUCCACCUCUGCUCCGUCCAAGGACGAGGGAGGUGCACUUGCACUGCCUCCACCACCGUACCCGUCCUGGCUAUGGCCCCAGCCAGCGCCCGUUCCCGCCGGGUCGAGAUCAACAUCAAUGACGACUGGCCGCUCUGAGCGUGCGCUCUCGACCGUCUCGAACGCCUCUAAUACCUCGGGCAGCCUUCCCUUCCCUAAUCCCCUCGCGGUGCGGCGGCAUCCGUCCAUGCGCCUCGGCUUCGGCAAUGUGCCUGCGCAGCCGCCAGAAAAGCCCCCCGCUCCAGCACUGUGGCGCACACGAUCAAACACGGCCUCCCGUGUUGCAAGCGAAGCCAAGCCGCGCGCCCCCAGUCCGCGAGACACGCUCAACUCGCGCUCCGACUCGGGCGACGUCGAGGACCGGCCGCGCAUGCCGCAGCGAGUGUCGUUCAACGACAACAACGCAAGCUCGGGCAUAUUGACAAAGUCGCCGAUGGCGCUACCGAGCGGGCUUCGUUACUCGAACGAGCUGGCGCCUGAUGACGCGGCUGAGGUCAUGGACGAAGCGGACGGAGUGAGAAGCGUGGGCGCGACGGUCGGCGACGGAGACGUGGGGGAUGAUUAUGCGCUCGACGACGAAGACGAGGACGACAUUCUUGACGAUGAAGAGGAGGAGGAGGACUAUGACGAGGAGGACGAAGAGGAUGAAGAGGAGGAGGAAGACGAGGAGGAGGAGGAGGAGCCGCCGGUGUCCCAGUACAUCAGCGCGCUCGAUCUCGCGGGGAUGUGAGUUGGCAUGCGGUCUCAUGGAGGUGACCCAAGGAUGUCCUUCAGUGUUGUCAUUAUACUUGAUUUUCCAUCCCUUGUAUAUGUGUAUGAACAGCAUUUUGCAUUCA